AUGAAUGGUUUGAAUCCAAAGCGAACCGAUGAAUUCAUCACCUUCAUGCGCCAAUUGCCCGUUCUCUGGAUACCUGAAUCGAAAAUCGACAAUCAUAACUCAAAAGAAGUGAAUCUUGCAAAAGCUGAGGCGUGGAGAUUUGUAUCCAAUCACUUUUCAAUUUCAGUCCGUGAAGCAAAAGAUCAAUGGAACCUUCUCCUUCUUGUACAUCGAAAAAUUUAUGAGCGAUUUCCUGAUACAGCAUUCAGAUACGAGCGUCCUGAAUGUUGGGAUCCCCGAUGGAAUUCAGCAAUCGAUCACCUUGCAAUGCUAUAUGCUAAUUUUUUUCAAGAAGAUAUGAAAUUUUUGUUUUCU